CUGCAGCUGCAAUCAGAAAAUAGCCAUCCAAAUAUGUCAAAAGGACCUGUUUUAAUCACUGGAGCUUCCAGUUUCGUUGGUGCUCAUGUUCUGGAGCAGUUCCUCUCUGAAGGUACUCCCGUUCGAGGAGUCGCUCGCUCUCAGUCUUCAGCAGAUCGCAUUCUCAAGGUGAACGCCAAAUAUGCGUCGCUCUUAACUUUCGUCAUUGUGCCAGAUAUUACGGCUCCAGGAGCCUUUGAUGAUGCUGUCAAAGAUGUCGAGGGAGUCAUCCACAUCGCCUCUCCCUUCACCAUCAACAUCAAAGACAACGAGAAGGAUUUGCUUAUUCCUGCAAUUGAGGGCACAACUCAAAUACUGGAAUCGACCUACAAGUAUGCGCCACAGGUGAAGCGGGUAGUCAUCACUGCCUCUUUUGCCUCCGUAUUCGAUCUGUCCAAAGGGUUCCGCCCAGGCUAUGUAUACUCUGAGAAAGACUUCAACCCGGCCACUUAUGAGGAAGGCAAGAGUGGCAACGGCAUUUUUGCGUAUUGCGCGUCCAAGGCACUCGCCGAACGAGCAGCCUGGAACUUUGUCGAAGAAAAGCAGCCACAGUUCACCGUCUCUGUCAUCAAUCCACCUGUUAUCUACGGCCCUAAUCACCACUACAUCGACAAUCUCAGCGAGCUCAACACUUCGUCCGGCAUGUUUUACUCUCUUAUGAACGGCUCCCGCACCGAAGUACCACCAACAACGACUUGGGCUAUUGUCGACGUGCGGGACGUUGCCCGCGCUCACAAGAUAGCUUAUUAUAAGCCUGAGGCAGGUGGCCAGCGAUAUCUCACCACAUUAGGAAACUUUAGUUUCCAGCAAAUUUGUGACAUUCUGCGAGAAGAAUUCCCCGAGCUUCGCGACCGUGUCCCAGUCGGCAAUCCUGGGGCGCCCUUCCCCGACGUUUACGGCGUGGACAACACAAAAGUGAGAUCAGAGCUGGGCAUAGACUUUAUCUCACUGAGACAAAUGGUCAUUGACACUGCCAAGAAUUUUUUGGAUAUCGAAAAACGCAUCGCUGCAUCUGCUUAA